AUCUCGUGAACCGAAGAGACGGCACGUGCGCAUGCGCAGUCGGCUUUUAUUUCAGGAAGCCGGUCUGUUUUUAUUUUGCGGACGACACCGUCCACAUGCAAGGCUACGUUGACUGCCAUUGUCAUAUCUCUGCGGGGGAUUUUGACAAGGAUGUUGAAGAGGUGAUUGAAAAUUCAAAAAAGGCUGGCUUGUUGGCGCUAUUAGCUGUGGCUGAGCAUUCAAGAGAAUUUGAGAAGAUUAUAGAGUUGUCACAGAGGUAUCCAGGGUUUUAUUUUCCCUGCUUGGGAGUUCACCCUGUUCAAGAAGUGUCCCCGGAGCAGCAGAGGGGUGCUUCUCCUCAGGAUCUGGAUGCUGCUUUGCCCAUCAUAGAGAAAUACAAAGACCAGCUUGUCGCCAUUGGGAGGUAAAGAUUCAGCAUCUUUGAUGUUGGUUUGGAUUUUACACCCAGAUAUGUCAGGAGCGACACCGAUAAGGAGAAUCAGAGGCUGGUCCUGAUUCGUCAAGCACAGAUAGCCAAGCUAGAUCUCCCACUAAAUGUUCAUUCAAGGUCUGCAGGAAGACCCACCAUUCAGCUCCUUAAGGAGCAAGGUGUCAAAAAAGCCCUUCUUCAUGCUUUUGAUGGGAAACCGUCUGUUGCCAUGGAGGGAGUGAAGGCCGGCUAUUUCUUUUCUAUCCCACCAUCCAUAAUAAGGAGUGAGCAGAAGCAGAAACUUGUGAAACAGCUGCCGUUAGAGAACAUCUGUCUGGAAACUGAUUCUCCAGCUCUCGGCCCAGAAAAGCAGGUGAGAAAUGAGCCAAAAAACAUCUGUGUCUCUGCCGAGUACAUCAGUAAGAUCAAAGGGGUGUCACUGGAAAAAGUGAUGGAGGUGACAACACAAAACGCUCUCCAACUCUUCCCGAAGCUGAAGGCUGCCAUCAGACGUUGACAGAGAGCACAAAGAAUAUUUUAUCUAUGAUUAAAACCCUUGAAGGAUUUCUCGACGAUUUUAUUUGCCAAGGCGACGUUAUGUAUGUGAUUGAACCAAGAUCCCCUCCAGUGUAAAAAGCUAAACAAGAACGUGAAAAAUCGAUCCUGUCUUAAAUAAAGAUGAGAUUACACUCUCUUGAUGCAUGUGAAACCUCAGCACUGUGAACAAAUGCAGCAGUUCACACACAUAAGUGCAUCCCAGCAUGUCAGCUUUUUACUGUAAACCUAAGCAGGGCUUAUUAGUCAUUUCCUUGCUCACUUUUUCUAAUUAAAAGGCAAUUCAUGGUUAGCAUUGCCUGGUGUGAAGUUUUCACGCUCUAAUGGCAAGUUCACAACUGUAUGGGGUAGUGUUGCCUUCAAGUGUUCCUCAUAAUUUCACACAUUUUCACUUUUGAGC